UUGCGUCACGCGGCGCGCCGGAAGUGACGAUUGCGCUCGCUAGGGACCCCGGAAGUGGCUGCUAGGGGGAAUUACUGCGGACUCUGACUCUUGGCUUGCUAUGGGUUGCGACGGAGGCACAAUCCCCAAGAGGCACGAGCUGGUGAAGGGGCCGAAGAAGGUUGAGAAGGUUGACAAAGAUGCUGAAUUAGUGGCCCAGUGGAACUACUGUACUUUAAGUCAAGAAAUAUUAAGGAGGCCAAUAGUUGCUUGUGAACUUGGCAGACUUUACAACAAAGAUGCCGUCAUUGAGUUUUUAUUGGACAAAUCUUCUGAAAAGGCUCUCGGGAAGGCAGCAUCUCAUAUUAAAAGCAUUAAGAAUGUGACAGAACUAAGGCUUUCCGAUAAUCCUGCCUGGGAAGGAGACAAAGGAAGCACCAAAGGUGACAAACAUGAUGACCUCCAGCGGGCACGUUUCAUCUGCCCUGUCGUGGGCUUGGAGAUGAAUGGCCGACACAGGUUUUGCUACCUGCGGUGCUGUGGUUGCGUGUUUUCGGAACGAGCCCUGAAGGAGAUAAAAGCAGAAGUUUGUCACACAUGCGGGGCCGCCUUCCAGGAGGACGAUGUCAUCGUGCUCAACGGCACCAAGGAGGAUGUGGCGAUGCUGCAGACGAGGAUGGAGGAGCGGCGGCUGCGAGCCAAGCUGGGGAAGAAAACAAAGAAACCCAAGGCAGCAGAGUCUGUCUCAAAAUCAGACAUCAGUGAAGAAGCCCCAGGACCAUCAAAAAUGAAGGCAGGGAAGCCUGAAGAAACCAGCCUUGAUUCUCGAGAGAAGAAAACCAGCUCGGCUCCCAGAAGUGCAGCACAUGGGAGCUCUUCUGGAAAAGCCGGGAAGCCUGUGUGUGGAGCCCCAAAGAGGUCCAUCGCGGACAGCGGAGAGUCGGAAGCUUACAAGUCCCUUUUCACGACCCACAGCUCCGCCAAGCGCUCCAAGGAGGAGUCGGCCCACUGGGUCACCCACACGUCCUACUGCUUCUGAAGCCCGCCCGCCGCCCCCAAGCCCUGUGCUGGCGGCUCUGUCUCCUCGGUUGCAGAGUCACGCCCCCUAAAGAUUGGAGCCGGUGGGGACGCAGGGGGACCUGUAGGCCCCUGCCCUCGCCUCCCUGGGGCCCACGCUUGCCUCCGCCUGCCGGGCGCUUGGACCUUCCCACGGCCCCGAGAGCGUGUUGGCUGCACUGUUUGUGCUUAAAGUAAUUAAAGAUUCCAGAUUCCUCAGGGGUGUGUGGUCAGCUCAUUUUGAUGAAAACGCUCAUGGUUUUGCUGCCAGCGGUUAAUUACUGAAAUAAGCCGGGUGAAACUGAACUUGAGAAAGGACGGUUUCGAGUGCCUCCCGCCUGCAGGGCUGUGGGCGGCACGGCUGCGCCAGAGCAGAGCCACUGGGUCGGUUGAGUGCUUGGGGGUUUCUUGCUUUAUGGCUUUGAUGGCAGAGGAGAUUUAGUUGGGCAUCUGAGGAUUUGGUACAAAAAUAAAGUCGGUCUAAAGUCUC